AUGAAUUCUGCAACUUCAGCAUAUCAAAGCUCUUUCGGAGCUGAAGGUAAUCUAGGAAUUGCUCCAAAGCAAAUGUCUCAAUUGCAAAAUCUCAAGUUGCAUGAUGGUACUGAGAUUCCAAUGCUUGGAUAUGGACUCGGAACUGCUCAAUACAAAUCCAAUGCGGACGGACCUGUCGACAAAGAGAUCGUGCAAAAGACCGUUAUGGCCAUCAAUGCUGGCUACUAUCAUUUGGAUGGAGCUCAAGUAUACGGCAACGAGAUCGAGAUGGGGAUGGGAAUCAAAGAAUCCGGUGUACCUCGAGAGAACUUCUUCAUAACUACUAAAAUCACUGGCACCAAAGAAGUCGACACUCAAGCUGCCUUUGACAAUUCCCUAAAGAAACUUCAACUCGAUUAUGUCGAUCUCUACUUGAUUCACGCUCCCUAUUUUACCAAAACACCUCAAGAUCUUCAAAGAAAAUGGGCAGAGAUGGAGGCUAUUCAUGCUUCUGGAAAAGCCAAAUCCAUUGGAGUAUCUAACUUUCUACAAAAGGAUUUGGAGGUUAUCUUACAAACGGCCAAAAUCAUCCCCUCUAUCAAUCAAAUCGAAUAUCAUCCUUACCUUCAACACGGUUCUUUGGUCCCUUUCCUCCGCGAACACAGUAUAGCUAUAGCAGCCUACUCUCCCCUAGCAGCUGCCGUCAAGGCUUCCCCAGGACCCCUGGAUGAAACCUAUGCUCAUCUAGCUAGAAAAUAUGGAGUCACACCAGGAGAGAUAGCAUUGAGAUGGAUUAUCGACCAGGGAAUGGUGGCUCUGACUACUAGUGGAAAUGAGCAACGAUUGAGAGCUUAUCAGAAGGUCAAACUGUUUAAGUUGACACCGAAGGAAGUGGAGGAAAUUGCUAGGAUUGGUAGCGAGAAGCAUUAUAGGGGGUUUUGGAACAAUAAGUUUGCACCGGAUGACAGAUCGUAG